AUGAGUCAACAACAACCAAGAAGGGAACAAGGUGAUCAAGCAGCCGAUCCGAUCAAAUACGGCGACAUUUUUGCUGUUUCUGGAGAGCUAGGAGAAAAAGCUGUUAAGCCGGAAGAUGCAGCCAUGAUGCAGAGCGCUGAGACCGCCGUGCUCGGGAAAACGCAAAAGAGCGGUCCAGCGGCUACCAUGCAAUCAGCCGCUAAUGUUAACGUGAGCGCCGGUUUGGUUCAACCGGGUGAUGUUACUGAUGUUGCGGCUAGAGAGGGUGUUACGGUUACUGGGACGGCGGUUCCUGGAGCUAAUAUUAUUACUGAAUCAGUUGCUGGACAGGUAGUUGGACAAUACAUUCAGCCAACAGGAGGUAGCGGAGGACAGCCACAAGGAGCAGCAACCACCGGAGGAGGUGGUGGUGGUGGUGGUAGUCGAGGCAGUACUAGAGAAAUCACAAUAGGAGAAGCUCUUGAAGCGGCUGGACAAACAAUACCGGGCAAACCAGUGGAUCAAUGCGAUGCAGCAGCAAUCCAAGCAGCUGAAAUACGCGCAACAGGCAGCAAUGUUAUCACUCCUGGUGGCGUAGCAGCCACUGCUCAGUCGGCUGCUGCCUAUAAUGAAUCUAUGAUAAAAGACGAGGACAAAGUUAAGCUUGGAGAUGUCUUAUCGGGUGCUACUAAGGUAUUGCCGGCAGAUAAGGCAGCGACGAGGCAGGAUGCAGAAGGAGUGGUAGGGGCGGAGCUACGGAACAAACACGACAUGUCCACCACUCCUGGUGGAGUAGCUGCUUCUGUGACUGUAGCUGCCCGGAUGAAUGAAAGGAGUCAACAACAAACCUAA